AUGGCCACCUUAAAGUGUGCUAGACUUGAGGAGGGCGUCUUGCCAACCACCCUCGACAAACUCACUAUCCGACAAGAAGAAAAUGGCAAUUUCACACUGACUGCAUUGCCAGAGACAAGCUCCGUCACCGCAAUCGUUGAAUCCGUCCUCGGUCACUCCAUCCAGCUACACCGUCUUCAAGCAUCUGGAGCAGAAGGCCAAUCCGGCUGUUCAAUCUAUUUCGUUCGGGACAAUAGCCACCCAGAAAAUACCGUCGCUGUCGCAAAAGUAUAUCCACCAGAAUGCCAUAAAGACUUUUUUGAAGAACUCGUUGCGUAUAGGAGGUUGCUAUCUCUUUCCGAUCCUCCAUCUGCUGCCAGGCCCCUUGGAGUGGGAAGGACCCGCGAUGAGAUUACCGCGGAGCCGAUGGGAGUGAUUGUCUAUCAGCUCGCAGCAGGGAAAGCAAUCAACACAAUUAUCCGUGAUAUUGGUCGAGUUUCCACACUCCGAUUGAUCGCAAAGCAACCAUGUCCCGACGAAACAAGGGAAAUGAUGAAUGAUAUUAUUCGCGGCGCGCUCCAGGGAAUCUCAAUAAAUCAUAAAUCAUAUCAACCUCAAUCAUCUAAUAUCCCUACCAUUGAUCUUUUGGAGUGUCAAUUCAAUGGACUGAUGGCCGACUUGAUUUCCGCCGUCCAAGGAGUGGCAUUGACAUUGGCCAAGCUGCACCGAGAAAAGACCGAAUGGAGCAGCGCCAGCGAAUCUGUCGUCGACAGACUGCGCAACAAACUACAAGGGUGGGUCCAAGAGAUCGAGGGCCCAUCGCGAGCGCAGUAUGAACGUGCAAUCGGGUCGGAUCAAAUACAGCAACUGGCCUCAUUGGUGGACCGGGCAAUUGACUACUCACGAGAAGAAGGCGUAGCGUCACUAUUGCAUGGUGAUGCAUCGCCAGGAAAUUUCUUCUGGGACCCCAUUCAAGGAAUCACCAUGAUCGACUAUGGCGGACUGACUCGCUCGAUGGAUGCGAGUGGCCGGCCCAUUGGACCGGCAGAAAUGGAUGCGGCUGGGUUUCACGAGCGGCUGCGAAAGUACGCCGGGGAUUUCGGAAUGAGUGAAACUGAUAUCGGCCGGGUUCAGAAGGAGUUCUGGAAAGCUUACCAGGCACAAGGUAUACCGAUCAACGAAGGGCUUGCCAGGUUGUUCAAAACACGCACGCAGCUAUCUCGACUAUGGUCUGCGGUGGACAAGCAAGAUACAUCACGCGACGAACAAAAGGCUGUCAAACUCAGCGAAAAAAUUAAAUUUGAAUGGGAACGUCUUGUCAGUAUCUCACCCGAAAGGGUCCAACCCUGGAGAGUACUUGUCGUUGCCAAUGCCAGCGGGCCUGGUAAAGGUGGUCUACCUCUGUUGAAUCAAGAACUAGUCAAAGCCAUGUCGGAAAUCCCUAAUGCAGCAGUUACUCUGUUUAUGGUAGAGCCUAAGAAUGAAGUCAAAAACACAUUGGCAUCGUCAAGCCAUGGUCGGGCUAAAGUGGUCUGCAUUCCCUCUAGAGGAGAUGAUCCCAGUGCUCUACUCUACCAUGUGGCAAAGGUACACCAGCCUGGAGAUUAUGGCCUGCCAAUCCCAGACGACCAGCAUCCAUCCCCAUUUAAUCUCAUCAUUGGCCACUCGCGGUAUUCUAGCACUGCAGCUUCUUUGAUCCGCGAGAGAUGGUAUCCCACAGCCAAGCUGGCGCUCAUCACACAUACCAGUGCAUUGCGCAAAUCAGACGUCGCAUGGAGGUGGUACGGACAAACACGAGAGCUAGGCUAUGUUGAAGCUGCUCGGCUGGCAAUGCUCGAUGAGAGGAUUCUCCCCAAAGCAGAUUUGGCUGUUGGAGUCGGGCCUGUACUCACAACUGAAGCGCGCGAACGCGAGUGGAUGGGACAAUGCAAUCGCCCACGAUCCAACAUGAUGGGACCUCGCUUCCAUGAACUGGUUCCGGGCGUGCGCGCGGGUGAUGCUUGCACGCAACAACGACAGCCGAACGACCUGUUUCGGGUGCUGCUUGCUGGUCGAGCAGACGAUCCCGCUAAAGGUUUAGACGAUGCUGUAUAUGCUGUGCGUAAGAUCGCACUCUCUGGCAACGAUAUCUCCCUGGACGUACUAGGACUCCCAGCAGAAGACGUGGAGCGCUGGCAGAACGCCGUCGAUGAGAUGACAGGCAUGCCUGACCUCGUCAGGUUGCACCCUUUCUCUGACGACCCUAAUGCUGUCUCGCGGUUCUAUUGUAACGCAGACCUAGUCAUCAUGCCCUCAAUGCACGAGGGAUUCGGGAUGAUCUUUACCGAAGUCGCUGGGUUGGGCGUUCCCAUCCUAGUGACACAAGAAAGCGGUGCGGGCCAGCUUGCGCUUGAUCGCAGUCGUAUUCCGCCAGAACUUGGUCAGGCCUGUGUGGUGAAUGACGAGAGCACAUACGGAAUUGUACCUUCGCCGACCAGCCAGCGCGUAGCCGUCUGGGCUCAUCGGAUCGACCACGUGAGGUGUUAUCCGGAGCAAACGAGGCGGCAUGCUCGCUCCCUGCAACGAAUCAUGCGAGGUUAUUCAUGGAAACAUGCCGCUAAGGCUCUGCUUCGCUCAGCGAUGGAGGGCGAGGGAGAUACAGUGCAGAUGGCUCAUGGCAGCGUUGCACCGGCAUAUUCAUCAUGGCUUCGCCCAUCGCUUGGGAUGAGCGUGGUCUCAUCAAUGCGUCGAGCUGUACGGACGCGAAAUCGCAGUGGAAAGCCAACUUUGAAGCAGGCAGAAGAAGUCAUGCAGAAUCUUCCAGAGAUAGCCCCGACCAUCUCAGCGCUAGAAGAGCAUGUCUCUACUACUGUAGGCUAUCCUGUCAAUUUGCGGAGUCUGGAUCCUACUCAUCCUGGGGGCUUUUCUGGUGCUAUCAUUUUCUUUGCUUAUGCAAGCGAUGAAUUUACCAACGGAGAGGUAUCAUUGGUAUCCAAUGACCCAUCCAAAGGUCGCGUAGUUGCUGUUGUUAAACUGUUCGUCCACGGUUUGGAUAACGGGAUCACCGAGGAGUUGUCAAGCCUUGAAUGGCUUCUUUUGCAGACCAAGGGUGAUAUCAAGACUGCCGCCCCGUUAGCUGUUGGGCGGAUGAUAUGGGAUACCAAACCAGCCGGUAUCGUCACAUAUCAAGUUGCCCCCGGGGUAUCCCUUUAUCAGCUCAUGAUGCAGAUGGGCCGCCUACCACAGGGUUCUGCAAGAAGGCAGAUGCUAUCUGUCUUCACUGCUGGCGUGCAGGCAGUCGCACGUACUUUGGCCAGAUUACACACUCAUAGCGUCGAAGGACGACCAGGGACAGAGUACCUCGAGUGGUAUUUUAACGCUGCAACAAAACGAGUCCAGCAGGCAUUGCUGCACAAAGACAUUAUCCGUUCUGCGGGGCUCGAAGUGGAUCAGCUUCCUGAGAAAAUGAAUGAACUCAUUGCCGACUGCAAGCGCGAUAUUGCCAAUCGUCCACGCACCACUGUCGUGCACGGUGAUGCCCAUCCUGGAAAUUUCUUCUAUGACCGCGCGACAGGGCAUGUCACUAUGAUCGACACAACAACACUACACUGUUCUCUAGACGAGAAUGGUGAGCCGGUUGGGGUACCGGAACGAGAUCUGGGCCAUUUCAUGCACAUGCUGCGACGAACUGGCGAACAAUACGGCCUUACGCGACAAGAGAUACAAGAGAGCACAACCGAUUUUGUGGAGGCUUAUCUUGGAAAUGCAGCGGCGCCAGCAAAUGUCCAAAUCAUUCGGUUCCUGAUGUCAUGUUCGGCUCUGUCAUUUUUGAAUUAUGCGGCGCAGUCAGACGAGACAAAGGUAGAACUACAGGUUAGGAUUUUGCAGGAUUUAUUUCGCCUCGGAGAGGGUUGGACACAGUUGGAUGGAAUGCGAAGUUUAUAA